AUCAAAUAGGAAAUAAUUUGAUAAUAAUUAUACAAAUAUUUUUUAUUUAUUCAUUAUUUUAUUUAAUGUACAAAUAUAAUAAUAAAAACAUAAUUUUAAUUGAUUAUGUAUUCAAAAAUUAAUUUUGUUCAUUUAUAAAUAAAGUAUUUAUGAAACGUAUUUGUAAGGAUAAAUUAUAAGUAAAUAAACCUUUAUAACAGCUACCUAAUGGAUUUACUAGCGAGUGCUUUGAUCUUAUUAGGUUAUUUUAUUACUAUAAACUAAGUUUUAGGUUUAUAAUCUUAUAGAAAGUGAGAAUUUAUAAAGUCAACUAGCUUUGUUAAAUUUUUGUAUACGUACUGAAAUCAAAAUAUCUCAGUGCCAGUACUUUUAUAUAGUGUUAUUAUAUUUCCUAUUUACCUUAUCGAACUUACGUGACGUUUUGUCAUUCAUCAUAAUGAAAAUCAACGAAAAAAAUUUGUGCGCUUUCGCGUCGUCCGCGACACCAGUGGACCGUGAUGGGUGGCUUGACAUGCGAGGCGAGGUUGGCAAGAGUUAUCAGAAGCGAUGGUGCACUCUCAAGGGAAACCUUCUAUUUUAUUUCGACAAACAGGGCGACAAGGAACCGUUGGGGGUUAUUAUACUGGAGGGCUGUACAAUUGAGCUUACAGAAGAAGAGACAUACAGUUUCAAAAUAGUAUUUCAAUGUGAGGGUGGGCGUACAUACUUUUUCUGCACAAAUAAUCAGGCUUCCAUGGAGGCAUGGAUGAAAGCUCUCGCAUGUGCCAGUUAUGACUACAUGAAGUUGAUGGUAGCCGAGUUGCAGAGGCAGCUGAAUGAAGCAGAAGCCGAAGCCGCAGCUGAUGCAGCAGCACUAGUGACCAUUACACCCCCGGAAGAGGAGCCCAAAGUGCCACCUCGUGGGCAGAGAUAUAACCCCUUCAAUAGGGUCCCAGAGGGCGACGCUAAGGUCGUACAAGGCAGUCGACAUCAUAAAGAGAAUCUACGGCCCGAUUUGCCACGGAAAAAAGUACCUUUCCGUGAUAUCCACACGACGUACGGACGAAAAAUACUCGCAGACAGAAACGAGUGGAGAGUUAAACUGUUAAAGCAGAGGUCAAGCGAGAAACCUCUCAUACAACUGUAACUGACGUGUAUUUGUUGUCAUAAUCUCAGUAUUAAAUUAAAAUAAGAUUGUGAACCAAAAAUAUAUUGCAAGUAGAGAUAUCGUUGUAUCAAUGCACCAUAGACAUUUUUGUAAUAUGGAUAAAAAACAUUACGCCGACCCCAUAUAAUAUUUAGAAUAAGGGUAGGAAGAAGAAUGCACCACAGCGCCAUCUAGUCGCACUCUAACUAGACAUACUAGAUAAUUGUUAAAUUUACUUAAUUUUUUUUUAUAUUAUUAUAUCAGUCGUUAAUAGUCCACUGUUGAACAUAGUUCUCCAUAAAGGGAGGUUUUACCAGUAGAUGUCACGUUUGGCAAGCGAGAUGGCAAUCGCAAUUAGGCUUUGGUGAUGUUUUAAAGAGGGACGCUGCUGCCCAUUCCUCGGCAAUUAUGUUCCCUUAGUCGCCUCUUAUGACACCCAUGGGAAAGAAAUGGGUAGCCCAUUCUACACGGCAAUUUUUUUUUAGUACAUUGUAAACGCGCGGACAAACACAUUUUUAAAUACAAAUAUGUGUAGAGAGCAGGCCAUUGAACCCGCAGUCAUUAGAAAUGUUAAAAUGCUAUCCCCAAAUUAUAAGUUUAUUUCUUUAAUUAUAUUUUAAAAUCACUUCAAAAAAGAAGGACUCCUCCUUUUCUUCUUAAUU